UAUUGCAGACUGAGGUUAUAUGCUAUGGAUUCUAUGGCUCUAUUUAUGUGUUUCUAGGAUUCUUGGUCAGGGUACUCGGAUGGCUACUACGAGACGCGAGGUAUAUUUGCUAGGAAUAGCACAAAGGUAUGGAUCAGGUGCAAUGAUUCUAGACGGGCCGGACAAUGGUUCUAGGCGGGCCGGAUAAUGGCAAUAUCAAUAAAGAUACUUCGUUGAACAUAUGUUGAUCGAGCAUACGGUGGCAGAGGUACGCGUGCAAGCGCGUGAGCGCGUAGAAGCAGUCACGAAUCAAUAUGAGCAAUUGUGUGCGCAGCUCAACUGUCGCUCUGCACCACACGCUAUGGUGCUAUCCGUGACA